AAGACAUCGAACCGUGCGGUGCUCAGCUCGUUCGAAAAGGAUCGGAACAUAGCGCUGUGUGUUCCACUGUUCGUCGUCUUGCGGUUUCACGCUGCGAGUAAGUGAGUGAGAGUGUAUACGUGUGUGUGCGAGCGCGUGUGUGUGUAUCUGAGAGGGUAUCAGUGUGGUUUUACGUCGGUGAUUUGUGGUUUCUAUAGAGCUUUCCGCCCUCCGCCGUUAGGCACGACUCUAAACAACGCCGGACGGUGUAAGUUUUAUUCGCGCUCGCGCUUGUUUUUUUCACGAUCGAAAGGCUGUGCAGCGGUGUUGCGGUGUGCGACGAACGUAUAUCUAGUGCAAAUAGAAAGGCAAGGAGACGAGGGAAUCGGAUUCUACUGCCUGUGCCGCAAGCAUUCCAGAAUAGUUUCCGAAUACUUCCGCGCAACAUCAAAGCGCAGAACUUCGGCUGCGGAUCGAAUCGUCCUCGGAGCCGUACAAAAACGGAAUGGAAAAAGUUAAUUACGUACUGUAAUUAAUUUCACACCGGGAAGGCCAGCCUUGGUAGUGAGCGCACAUUAAAAAAAGAAUCUUCAUCACAUUUCAUCAGCGGAAGGUCAACGCGUUCGGCAUUAAUGUAAAACACAUUUCGCCAUCUCAUCCUUCAGCACCACCGUGCAACAACGAGCUCGCGCAAAAAAAAGCUUAUAGAAUUGAGCCAUCCCGUGCUAUUUAAAGCGCAAACUUCCGUCUCGCCAGGAAGUGUCAGGAUACGGCCGGGCAUCAGGCUCCAGUUCUAAUUUGAAACACGAAGGUCCAUCAAAACGAGCGAUUCGCAAAGAUCCAAGUACCCAAUUCGCGCCGGUUCCAUUUUUAUAUUGUUUCACCUUUUACCAAAUCAAAAGCCCGCCAGCAGUUACGCCGACCCGAACGACCGUAAAAGGGAUAAUGAGCCUUGAGGUGGAAUGAUGAUUCAGGCUCAACAUUAAUCAUACCUUUCUGGUCUACGGUUUGCUGGACGUACCAGUAUCACUGAGGGGAAAGGAAGCAGCGGACUCGAACGACUCCAUACGCACGUCUACCGGGAAAUGCAAAGCAGGACUCGCUCCGUUGAGCUGGCCGUUUGAUUGAGCUGGAGAAACUUUUACACGAAGCAAGCAACGGAGAACCUGGCAUAGCUUGCUUCUCCUCUGUACGUGGACAAACACACACAGUCGAAGUACGGAGCGGGCCGAAAUUAAAGCAAAACAUACACCUUCCUGUACAUAGAGGCGGAUCGCAAGCCUCUACCCCAGCUACUAAUUACCGACUCUGGCGAUAUUUUGCUCCAGAGCCGGUAGUGAUUCCCACCGCAAAAGGAACGCUCUGCUGACGCUGACAUUGGCCGACAGGGCGGAAGGGGCAGAACCUGCUCGCCUGGGUCGGUUUCUCACACGACGUUUCGACGGUUGUCGCCCGCAGUGUCCAAGCAAGCAGUCAACAUUCCGCUAUUUCAAUUAAAUGUUAUGCCGGCCGCGACCAUGUUUUCCAAGUUCAAAAGUGCCACCACCAGUGCGCCGCCCCAGAACCCCUACGAUAACAAUCCAAUCACGCAGUACUUUGAAAUUGGAAAACAGGUCGCCUGCGCCGGCCCGGAACUGAUCUGGAAGAUACACGAGGGCUACCGGAAAACGGAUGGCAAGGAGUGCUCGAUCUUUGUGUUCGAAAAGCGGACGGCCGAAAAGCUGCACAAACCAAAGCGGAAGGAGACGGUUACGGAAAUUUUGCGAGCAUCGGUAAAGCAGCUGGAACGAUUUCGGCACCCCAAGAUACUGCAGAUCAUGCACACGGUCGAGGAAAGCUCGGAAACGCUCUCAUUCGCUACCGAGCCCGUCAUCGCCAGCUUGGCCAACAUCCUGGCCUAUCAGGAAGCUGGCGGAACAAUUACGGGGCCACCGAGCACGGGAGCUUCCGGUCAGCACUGUCCGAACAGUGUCGCCACGAACCGGCCAGCCCACGCGAAAGAAUACACGUUCCUGGACAUCGAGCUGAAGUACGGAAUCCUACAGAUCACCGAAGCACUGUCGUUUCUGCACUACUCCGGCCAGGUGAUACACAAAAACGUCUGCCCAUCAUCGAUACUGAUCACGAAAAAGGGCACCUGGAAGCUGGCCGGGUUCGAGUUCACCGAGCGCACCAACGAAACCGACGCAACCGAUCCGGUACCAUGCCAACCCUGGUCGACCAGAGCCUCCAAGCUGGUACAGCCGAACCUGGACUACAUGGCGCCCGAAAUCCAGAUAAACAGCAGCUGCAGCAUACUGAGCGAUAUGUUCUCGCUCGGAAUGGUUAUUUGUGCCAUUUUCAACCACGGCCGUUCGCUGAUACAGUCGGGCAACUCCACCUCGACCUACCUGAAGCAGAUGGAACUGCUAGAUGAGGCCGUGCACAACAUCCUACCCAGGAUACCGAUCCCGCUGCAGGAGGCAACCACAAGGCUAUUGAAGAAAUCGCCCGGAGCUCGCCCAACGGCUCAGCUGCUAACGCUCAUCAAGUACUUCAGCGAUCCAGCCGUACAGGCGCUACAAUUCCUCGAUGUCAUCAACAUGAAGGAUCCGACGCAGAAAACGCACUACUACCGCAGCACCCUCAGAGAAGUUCUACCGUUCAUACCGCGGAAACUCUGGUGGCAACAUAUCUGGCCUAAUCUGCAGCAGGAAAUGCGUGCUGAUGAAGUGCUGGCCGCCGUCUUGCAGCCCGCCCUCACCCUGGUCCAAGAAUCUUCAAACUCGGAAUAUGAAGCAAUCAUUUUACCUACCUUUAAGACUGUUUUUGUAGCUCCAAAAUCUAUACAAGCAACCGUAGCAUUAUUAGAGAACUUACACAUUAUUCUAGAGAAAACACCACGGGAUGAUAUACGGACGGAAGUUUUACCCCUCCUGUUCAACGCGCUGGAAAGCACAACGAUACAGGUGCAGAGUGCCGCCCUGGUAGCGGUUACGAACGUGUACGACUACCUGGACGACAUCACGAUCAAGAAGCUGGUGCUGCCGAAGCUGAAGUCGGUGUUCGAAAAGAACCAAAGCGAUCUGAAAAUCAUGGGCAACGUGCUGCAGUGCGUCGAACGUACGCUGGAUAAGCUGGAUAAGUCUCAGAUAAUCGAUGAGGUGCUGCCGCUGCUGCUCGAGGUGCGACUCACCGAUCCGGAUAUUGUGGUGCGCGUCGUCAACAUCUAUCGGAUCAUGCUGUGCGACAAAAAGUAUGGCUUAACGGUUAACAUCAUGGCGACCAAGGUGAUGCCUACGCUGCUACCGCAGACAGUGAAUCCGUCGUUAAAUCUGGAACAGUUUAUGAUACUUCUCGAGGUGCUUCAGGAAAUGCUGGACCAAAUAGAUAGACAACAACGUAACAAAUUGAAGCUGGACAAUCUAUCGCUACCGUCGCCGGAUCGGCACCGGCCGCUGCGGCACCAGUUCUCCUCGGACAACAUGAACGCGCAGCAGUUUAACAUACCGAACCUACGCAUCGACCAGCGCAAAACGUCGAGCGCCGAGGACAUGGCACGGAAGAACUCGACAGGAUCGGGUGCUCUAGGUAGCUGGUGGUUCGGCGGCUCGCCGUCCUCGCCGGACAGUAACUUCCUCCGGGUGGUGAACGCAUUCCCGAACCGCCGCCUGUCCGACAACACGCUCAUGACGCCGAAAAUACGCAUCGCACCGUCUUGUGCUUCGUCUCCGGGUGGAACCCCGGGCGGAGGGCUACCGAUACGACGACACUCGAGCAUUGGUCCGCAGGAACGACGAGGCUCCAACAUCAAUCUGUCACCACCGACUCAGGCUUUCAGCGCUCGAGGAGGCUCCGGUUCUAGCCUUUCUGUGCCUUCCUCAUCCGCUUACGUCGUAAGUUCAAUGGAGAAAACACGAGUGGGAGGCUCGAUGCCGAACACUUCGAGCAGUGUUCCGUUCCUACUGUCGUCGAGCAUGCAAUCGAUCAGGAGCCGUCGUACCUCGACCGUGCUCUCGUCCGGACCGCUCGGUUCCGGUUCCGGUCUGCUUCAACAGCUCGGUUCCGGCAUGUCAACCGUACAGUCAACCGUCGUCAAGCAGUCGUCUAAAAUAUCCAACCUAAAGCCACUGGAACUACUAUCGUACGCACCGGCAUCGCGCAAUACCAGCGCGACGAGCAGCUUCCAGCGCAGCUUCCAAAAGAGCCAGAAAAAGGCGAUCAAGAAUCUGCGCAAAAGCUUUAAGCUCUGAAAUGCUGCCAGCUACUCCUGGGACGAUGCCGUGCGGAAGGCACUGGGGAAGUAGUAACGCAAAAGGGCGUGCCAAGCAAAAGGCAAAGCAGUUAUAUGGCGGCACAACUCCUCCCAGUCCCGCCACGGUUUUAACACUUAUCCCGACAACUCAAGCUCUUACAUCUUACACAUUUCGAUGGCUCUCCAGCGUAUCUACUCAUAUAUGUCAUCCAGUUCCAAACCAGAUCAAAGUCGUUGCAUGUCGUUGCUACUUCUACUACCACACUACACUACGUACACUGCAUCUAAACUCGUUGAUGCAUCUCGCAUACUUGAAUCGGUGUGCCGCUACUACUAGUCCAUGUAUCGCUUUGUGUUGUUAUGUAGUGUGAUAUGUGUGAUGGGCUGCUUGACGACUGCAACCGGGACCAUCUCCGAGAUAACGAAUGAAUGAAUGCUGUUAGUGCCAGUAGCAACUCGGCAUAACGUGCCUGCAUCUUAUCGCACCACUAUCUGUUCUCUAGUACUAGUACCUUAAAGCCUGGAUAGCCGCUAUCGCUUUUAUUCUAUCGCCCUACCAGCUGUACUGUAGUUUCACCUUUCACCUUUAAAAAGAUACCUGAAAAGAAUGUCUUUUCUAAAAACAAAUGUCACUAUGCUAGACACUUAAACCAAAGCAAGAGAAGAAACAACAGUUCCAACCGUCAUGAUAUGAUAACAAUCAUUACCAAGACACCAAUGUACACAAGCCACAGCACCAAGUAGGACACCACUGUAACAACACCAGACAUCGGGGCACAGAACUGGUGUAAGAGAGCGCAGAGGAGAGAAGAAGAAAAAAAAAUACUAAUAUAUGAGUCGCCACGAAACUUAGAAUAGCCGUGGCAUUAGGAGCAUAAUUUUUGUACGUCACACGGUUUCCAGAUGCAUUCUGCAAUCAUCCACUGUAUUAUCGUUAGCGUAAGAGGGUAGGAGUGUAAACCUUUCCCGACUAAAUGGUACCGAUACUGUUUAACAACACGAACAUGUACAUGUAUGGCGGCGAUGGAUGCGCGACGAGAAUCAAAACCAAUCAAAUCAAACCCAGGACGCAAAGGAUGCAGAACACAUGUGAACCCAGCAACAACAACAGAAAGCAGUCAAUUCAUUGUACUCCCCGUAUUGAUACAUGGUGUAUUGCCGUAAUUUAUAGAAGGAACGAAAGAAGGAAACUGUUUCCACAGCUACAUGUUGAUGUAACUGCAGGUAGCAUAGUAACGUAAGAGGUGCUAUCCUGGGCCAACGAGCACCACACUAACCCAAAUCAACAGUCUAGCUCAACCGCCACGGUAUCCUGACAUUCCGGUGCAGGCCCGCUAAACUAGUAACACCCAUGCCCCGUGCCGUAGUCGGCAAGCAAGUAAGAUCGUAUCAGUAGAAACAGUAGACUAUCCAUCCAAGUAGAACCUUUAGCAGUUCGAAACGCAAACGGUUUCCGCGAAAAAUUGUUCACCUACACACACACCGUUAUUAUAUUCAACACCACUGUAGACAGUAUCUCUUCCUUACUAUCGAUUGCUAGUGCUACACUAGCAAACCAUGCUGUAGAUCUUGUACUAGUAUCGACUGAGUGAUUUUAUUUCAGUAUCGAUCUUUAUUAUCUCCUGAUUUUAUCGUUUACUCUAAGUGUGUGCUUCCUUCGUUCUUAAAAAAAAAGUAUAGUUUCCGUUGCAUAUACCGGCGACAUUUCUUGCUUGCACUAAAACCUUCCACAUUUUUAUCAACAUGUUCACACCACACACCAUACACACCACCAUUCAGUAAUUUAAACUCACCAUACUUUUCACCCACCAUUAUCGUACUGCAUGCGUACUCGUCAUGCUCACCACCAUAUUUCCCAUCCAUCAUUCCCACGUACUGCUUGAUUGCCCGUUUGUUCACCACUACCAUCUGUAUAUUUUCAGAUACUGAACACCAAAAACUUCAAAUCCGUUCUGGAAAAAGUUACUAAAAAUCGUCCACGAUCAUCUUCCCUAUUUAGUAUGGAUAAUGAUCGUUAGAACUAAAGCUCGCAUAGCACCUUAAAUUUAAAAAAAAUAAACAGACUCACAUAUUCUCUGGCUGUUUUGAAUGACUGUUUAAGCUACUAAUAACUACUAACCCCUCAACAAUGCACACACAUGCACACCUGCUUCGUGUGAAGCAAUCCUUACAAAGCGAGAGAGACGUUUAUCAAGUCACAAGUAUGCACACACAAACACGCACAAGUUGAUUUUAUCAAUAGUCUCCUAAGAACAAACAAAAAUAAGUACAAUACAUUUGUGUAAAAAAUCCUCGAUUAGAACUAAAGGAUGCUAGCGCCAUCUGGUGGAAAACUAUAAAGCACCCUCCUUCACUAUUAACCAGACACAGAGUCCUGCAUCACUAGAAAAAAACAAUAGCUAUAACUUGUAUGUAUAUGUGUGUGUAUGUGUUCGGAACAAGUAUGCCCGCGCGCCCCUUUGAGUCCUAGUGCAUUUAGUGACCGUUUCCAGCCACUACCACCAACACCAAAUCACGUACCACCACCCACCGUCGAAUCCAACGGUACAAAAUAAACCAAACCAAACCCAGACAGACAGCAAGCACCGCCGCCCAACAUCCACAACAACCCCACCACAGCAAAUCAUAUGUCCAACGCAACAAAAUCCGCUAAACCCAUUUCCCCAACCAUACGAGACACACGAGGCGCUUCGAGUGGUCAGGUUGACUUGUGCUAGCACACAUGCAAACCGGAAGCACAGAAUUGUCCCAUGAGGUAAGCCCAUGUUUAGCUAAGCCGGCUCGUGUUCAUUUGCAAACGCUGUCAUCGGUCGGCAACACCGGUCGGCUUCAGUAGAGCGUACUAGUAGACUUACCUUAGCCGUAGGGUUGGUUCAUGCCAUAAUGCGUUGGUUGUUAGCCGUUCGCAGAUAAUGCAUUAUCGCGGCUGUGUCGUACAUCUUAACCACUGUGUAGUAGUGACGUAGUUUAAAGGUUACUCCUAUCAUACAGUAGGUGUUACACUUCUGCCACAUGGUGCUAGUGUACUGUUUUAGUACAGCUGUUUAGAUUAGUAUUGAGCCGGGGGGUCAAUUAGUAUGUUUGUUGCACUCGCCAUUUCACACGUGGGAUGUUCUAUUCUAACUUUCCUUCUGCUGGUAUCGUUUCCAUCGUAGCUAGUCUGUAUGUGUUGCUCGGUAGUUCUGUAUCUAUGGACAAUAUGUUAUUCUUGUCGGAAUAGUUACAGAAAAUGUGCUUACACUUCGUGUCGACCAUUUUAGUACAGUAUUUUACAAUCGGAAAAAUUGGAAUUGGAUUUUUAUUUUGCACAAAACAAAAGAAAACAUCAAUAAUGUGCAGAAACAGUAUGCUCAAAUGGCUCCUCAAAUUUUUAAAAUUAGAACAGUAAAAGUUAUCUUAAUCCGGCGAACCAGUUGUAGCGGCGAAUGAUGUUACACAUUGCACUAAAAAUGGUACUAAAAAGAUCGCUCGACAUAGAAAAUUUCGGUUUUGGAUGCAACUACGAAACUUGUUUGAGAUGCUUAGUGGGAAAUUGUAGUGAUGUUUUUAAUUCUACAUUAUAUUCAUACAUACACACAAAUACUAACACAUCAGCAUUUAUGAAACAAUAUUUUCAAUACAAAAUACAUUAUCGCAAUUAUUAUUAUUAUUAUUAUUAUUUUACUUAUGUUUUCGUAUCAAAAUCUAUGUAAUGCGCGUUAGAAUGUUUUGCACGCAAUUUGAGCUCAGCUAUCUACCAAUACAACUUUUAACUCAACUACUGUUACUACUAUCUUUCGAAUCUCCUCGUUUUCAGCUUGCUCGUCUAUCAGGCCGCUCGUGCUUUCCCGUUGAAGAAUGAAAAUGUAGAACCGAGACGUUAAUAGAUCACUAGGUUACUAACUGUACUGUGUAAUGAAUUGUACGUUGUUUUGCGUAGCAUUAGUCUUUAGUUAGUUUUCUGAUUCACUUCAUCCGGGCAAAAUGGCUUCACAAUUAUUAUAAUAGUGUGCAGUGAUUUACAUACACAUACCAUCGCGUAGACGAGAGACACAUUCAAUUUCAAACAUUCAAUUUCAAUCUCCACCCAAAGCUCCCAAAUCAGAUUAAUCAACAUGAUCAUAAUCCAAUCAGUGGUAAUUAUUGACAAAUUACUCUUUAAACACUUUGCACGCAGUGUACCGUGUGGUAGCGGGGCACUUUUUUCCCGCUGGCUGGCGGUCAUUAAUCACAUCAGUUCUGUUUGCGGAAUUUAAUUUCAUAUUUGAUGGAUGAAAAAAUCGAAAUAACAUUUUUACAUCGCAUACCAUCGCAAAAUUUGCAGCAAAAUUAAAUGCACAAUAGUAAUCAUAUUUUACGCGUGUUAUGUAAAAAAGGCUUGGUUGGUUUCAUCUGACAGCACCAUCAAUGGAAAAAACGGAACUCCAAUGUAAAAUUUUCAUAACGUUCAUCCGUCGAAAUAAUUAUGUGCGGUUUAUUUUCAAACAGCUUCCGGACGGUUUGAUUUAUCGAAUUUUUCAUCCUUACCUACGCAUUCCCACAGCGUAAAUUACAGUAAAUCAGUGUAGUUUUCGCAACACCACAUGAACGGAUCUAUGUGUUUAAAUGCAUUAACCAUAGCUAUUGGUGAACGAGCUGCUAUUUACAAACAUGGACAUUGAAAUGCGGUAAUUGUGGUUACCAGGUUUACUGUUUUAUUAUUUAUUUUCAUGGCAUGUCACUACCAGCACCACUUCAAAGCGGUAAGGUAAAAUAAAAUUGAACCUUAAAUUCUACCUCAAAUUAAUAUCGCUGCAAACGUUGAUGUAGUGCUAUUGCUUUUUGUCUGACCUUGUUUCAUUAAAGGAUAUGAUUGUUAAAGGCGAACAACAUGGGGCACUUUCUUCUGAUUCCUGUUAACUUUCAACCAACACUAAGAAAGCUUAUCAGUUCUUGUUGUUUUUGACCGAAAGAAUAAAAAGCUGCUUCCACAAUUCAUAUACACCAACCAAUUCUUGAACUCUUCUUUACGCCUUAUACAAAAAUCCAACCACUUCAAAAUAGUAACAAAUCAUACAAACCAUAGCAAAGCAAAGGAAUUUUGGUAUACUCAUAUAAAUCAUCUUCAGCAUUUUGUUUACGUGCUUUGUGUGUGUGUGUGUCUGUGUGUAUCAUAAACUGUUUGUGUAUGUUUGUGUGUAUGUCAUAACUGUUUGUUGCAGUAUAUCUAUAGCAUUUGUGUGAGUGAGUGUUGCCUGUUGCAUCUAACUGCAAGCUUAACGUAGCCACGCUCUGAACUCCUGUUGCUCAUGGUCGUAUUUUUCUCUCUUUCUUUCUCUCUCUCUCCCUCUCCCUCUUUUCCACACUCCCUGUCUUUAAUAUCUUUCUCUAAAUUCGAACCCAUCUGCACGGCAUCAUCUCAUGUUCUGUCUUUCUCCCCCACCAUCAUCAUCUCCACUGCCGAUCGAAUCACCCACGUGCACCGCGCUUCACCUUUGCUGUUCACCUUCACCAUCCCCGUGGUGCCCGUGUUCAUCGGUCCCGAAUGCACGCAUCAAAUCCCGCAUCCCACGCCAUCACGCCAAAAUUGAAAACCAACACACACAAAAAAACGAAAAAAAUCGACCAUUCCUCUCUGAACUUUGCAGCGACAGCUGUACGCAUUAAUGACCAAAGAUAGAUUCACGAUCAGCAGUAAUAGUAGUACACAGCAGGCACCAUCCAAACCGCACGCACCUCUGUCGGCAUCCGCUUCGGCUCUCAACACCUCGUCCACCAGCUCGAUCAGCGGCAGCACCGUCACCGUCAGCACCAUAAAGCUUACCAGCGGGGGAAUCGCAACCAUUACCAAUGCAAACGUUGCGUCCGGGAUGAUGCCCCACUUUACUGCCUCCGCCAUGGUACCGUCGAGUAGUCUGCAGGGCUCCACAACGUCACUAACCACCAACGUAAACCAAUUCGUAAGGUGUCCCUCCCCAGGCAGCACGAUCGGAUCGUCCGUAUGCGCGGGCACAAACCGACCAGCGACCAGCGCUACGCUGAGUGCAUCCAACGGUGGUCACCCGACGGGUGCGUCAUUUGCGGCGUCCCUUUCCAACCGUAUCACUGCACAGGUCCCCCCACCGACGACACUGCCGAUCGGUGGAAAGCCCGCCCGGUCACCCACCUUUGCAAGCACCGCUCAUCGUUAAUUGCUUCCAUGUGAGGCAUAAACGGCAAAACAAAAACAGCUGUACAGUUUUUUUUUUCGAGCUUAACAUGACGAAAAGCUUUUGGCAUGUGCUUUUUUCUCCCUUUUAAAGUACACAAAACUAUUGUUGGUAGGCUCUCAAAGCACGCAACAUCAACCCAAACAUUCUAAUUACGAGCUUUAAUUUUGUCAAAUCACAACCUCUGCGUUGCGUUAUUUCUUGAAAAAGCACAGUUCUAUUUGUACAUUCUAAUCAGUUCUCGUACAAGACCUAGAAUUCUCACUCUUUUCUAUUUCUACUAGUUAUAUUUUUCCUCUAGACUCUUGCUACAUUUUUAGAACGAUACGAUAAAUUUUCCCCUUUCAUUGCGCCCAAAAACAACAACAAAAAACUCCAUAGAUUGUGCUACUGAUAGGAUGUUGAAGCUUUUGAGUUCUUUGAAUUGUUACCAUUCUCCAAAUUGACUGACCAUACAAUUCACGUUUUGAACACACAAAGAAGCUAUAGACACAAAACAGGCAACAGAGUUCUCGUGAAACCAAUUAACGAAAGCGAACAAAGAGCUUUACUCUUUUUCUUCUACAAAACGACCGAAAUCAACAUAAUUGUUAAGCGCGCAGCCGUUGAGUUUUUGGAAAUGUGCGGGUUUUGAAAAAUGUCCAUAACCGUUGAUCCUGAAAACCGAAUCCUCCGUACCGAAAGCGGUACGGUUCCUACAAAACCUUGUUAAUAGAGUUGUCGCACACAGGACAUACACACGCCGGUAUCACGCUGGACGUGAUUAUUCGAUGUAACCGAAUGGAUGUUGUUAAAGUUGUAAAAAAACCCCCAGCAAUUGAAUGUGGGAACACUCGGCAACACUCGCUUUGUAACGAAAUGGAAACUCACUUGGUCGCUCUCACUCUCAACGACAUCCUCGUAUAAUGGUUUAUGGUAGCUCAAGUGCCCAUCUACAACCACCAGUCUCCCCCCUAACAAAAGCUCACCUUAACCAGCCAGCAGAAGGCUACAUUAAACACUUUUAAACACGAAGUCCCUUCCUAAGUCGUUCUGCAGCAGUUCCCGCUCUCGUUAGACUAAACGUAAUUCCGCAUAUAAUCAAACGCUUCAAAGCGCAACAUCAAGCAGCGGGUCAGCCCUACAAGGAGGGUAAGUAUGGCCCUCGCUUUAACUCUUUAACGUACCAUUCUUUCCCAUGCCUGCGUAGUGUGCGUAGUGCAAAACGGCGGUAGCAUGAGCAAAUGAGAAUGGAAGGCGAACUUUCCACCGCGUGACACGAAAAGUGAAAGCAACCGUGUGAUCAUCGCCAGUUACCAUAGUGCAAAAGUAGUUUCCUGUGCUAAGCGGGAAUUUAGUAUUCCGCACUAACGGAUGCGAACUUCCCGCCCUGGGUGCUGCUCUCCCUCGGAGCAAUCAACGUCGUAAUAGAGUGGGGAACGUUGUUGCAUUGAAGUCACUCUUCCGUUUCAAACACGGGCGCGCUUGGAAUGCUAGCUUUAACGCUUGGCAAAAAGGGAUGAGGAAAUGAAACUUCCUGCGAAUGCUGAACAGUUUCGCGUGUCUCUUAUGCUCAUUGGUAUGAUUUUCAGUGACUGACAGCCACAGUAUUAACUUUGUAAAACGACUGGAAUUUGAAUCUUCGACUCUAGGUGAUUUGAAAUCGCUGUAUAAUGUAGCGAGUUGUUAGUUAAAGCGUGUGCUUUUCAAUUCCUGGAACUCAUUGAUUACCCAUCAUUGUUAAUCCAAACAAAGAAACGAAUUUGCAUGACUAAUCAUUGAGCUACAUAAUCCAUUAUACGGAUGAUCGGUCCUAUCGGGGGAGUAAGAGUGUGAAGAAUUUAAAAAGAAAAACUAGCAAAAUAAACAUAUGCAAAACAUACUUAAACGUGCACAUGAUGUGUAACCAUUGUUGCCCAAAACACCCGCACAAAUGAUGUCAAUUUCACAACCUAAUGGAAACCGUUUUUACACGUUAUUACAAGAGUUCUGAUAUAGUAAACAUAUGGAAGGAAAACAUUACAGUAAGAAAACAAACCCCCUUUUCAUGGCGCUUACAGUCAUACCAUUUGCACGUUGGUAAGGAGUGUGUAUUGAAGGAUAUAAACAAAAAUCCUGCUUAAAUGUUCCGGGGGCCCAAUCGACGAUCACUCACAAAUCCGGUGUGCGCAAUUAAGCAAAAAAUAGACAAAAUAAAAAGAACUGAACAAUUUGAGGCCGAUCUGCAGAGGUAUGACAGAAAUGCAUAAGAGGAAACAAAACCCAUUUCUUGCUAAGCGAUAGUAUGUCUUUGACCUUUUUUCGGAGAACACGAAGAAACGGUAUGCCAAGAGCGAAGAUUAUAUUUUCAUUACAAUAAUUAAAGUUUUCCUCGCCUUUUUGCGUAUUUUGUGCUUGUGUAAAAGCUUAUUCACUCGCUAUGCUAAUCAAAUGCUUUUUACAUAAUUAAGUUUUCCUUUUGUUCUUCUUGAACUAAGACACUUUUUGUUCUUUCCUUACCUAUCGUUUCAUGGUUAGCUGCCCAUUGCAAGCACGUUAACCAUACAAUACGAACGAACGUGUCGUUGUACAUAGAAUCAUGUAACAUUAAACAUUAACUUUAACAAUCAGCAUAUAACUACACCACUAACAAUAUACAUCAUAUGCGACGAAAGGGAGGUAGGACGCGGGAAAGAGAAAGGUAGAUGGCAACAGGAGGUAUAUAAAAAAUUAAACCACUCAGUACGAGGAUAGCGUAGCUCAUUCUAAUUUAUUCCGACAAAAAAAAACCGACAGACAUCAGAUGGAACAGUUGGAUCAACUGGCACAGCUGGUAGACAGAGGGUAUGCACAUCCGAUGAACGCCAACACCGCUGGCCAAGGCUGAUUCGCCGACACAUUUGAAGGAAUUAUUAACUAUAGAUUAGUAUUGAAUCUAGCAUUAAAAGCAUAAUUGUACGUUUUCCACUAAGCUCCUAUAGCUCUCUCUAGCUGUAUAGCAAGCAGAAAGUUGCACCGAUGCAUCCCGAUUUCCCGACUCUUCCUUCUAGAUAAGCGUAUACAUUAGCAAAGCACAUUGUAAAUUGAAUUGAUCGGAAAACCGUCAUGAAUGUUUGGCUGUACUGUACGACCUCUGUGCGUGUGUUGAGUAUGUGUAUGCCUGCGUAUGUAUGUAUGCGUGUUUGGACAUGUAUGUGUGCGUGUAUGAAAUGCAGUUCCUUAAUCACUAUCUGACCAAAACCGGCCCCUGCUCAGCAACAAACAGUCCAUACCUCGGCUGUACGCGUACAGCAACCAAAUGCCACCAAUCUUACCUUCUGUUUCCUUAAUAAUUCACCCUUGACAAUCAUCGUCGUGCGAACCCCAUAUCUUGUGGCAUGUUCUGUAUACCAUUCUAUAGUGCUUUUCAAUCUUUUUCUUUCCAUCAAUAAUAAGCGCCCAUUAACUUAAACUAUUGCUCAACGAAUUCAACAAAAAAAAACCUUAUAAUAAAAACUAUUCCACCACCACCUGCUGGGAAAAAAAACAAACUAACAAAUACGGCUGGCGAGCGAUCGCCACGAACGAUACCAAAACAUAUGCAUAUGAUAUGAGUAAACUACAAACUACUCCGAGUGUUGUUCCCCUAGAUGUGAUGUCGGAUGGACGGAAAUUUUGCUAAAUCCUGUACAUUUUAGAAAUAAUAACUGCUAGGCUGCAGGGCCUGAGCCGCACUUUUUGAUACAUGUAGCCAUGAACCUUCCUAAUCGUUCGUUUUACUAAUCGUAAGUAUCGAUCGAGUCGGUAUUACAGCAUCAAUGCUUUAAUUAUACCAACAAAAUGAACGACUCUUACCGUAGGGAGAAGAAUGGGGAAAAACCACCGCAGGCGGAAUUAAAAAUGAAAUUAUACGCAUAUUCAUCGCAAUGUUUCCAGCACAGAACGCGUAGUUGACGGUGAACAACCUAGGCACAAAUAAUUUAAACGAACUUAUGUGGAUUUGUAUACAUGUUGAAUACACACCAAAACACAUCACGUUUAAUAGGUACAAUGGCACAGUGUUGAAGUGAAUGUCGAUCCGCUAUACUUGGUCAACCAUUCCCAAACAGUUUGUACGAGUAUCUACUGAAUGUUGUUAUAAACGUGUGUGUGUGUGUGUGUGUGUGUGUGUCUGUGUUACGAUCCGAGAUAAAAGCUAACAGAUUGCUAGUAUGUAAUCCUAAAUAUCUGGUUCCCGGACCGAUCCACCAUUAGCAUCGCCCCACUAAUCCACUCUCAUUGGGUAUGGAACCAGCCGUUAUCAUAAGAGCACUAUAACACAUCGAUCUUCGGGCUGGGAAACUGUUUUUCCAUCAUAUCUCCCAACUACUCUCUAGCACCAGCCAAAGCCAGCCUUGUUUUUUGGUUUAGAUCAUGUUAGUAUUAGCUAGAACCGGUUAAAUAAUCUGUUUUUCAAAGUCUGGCACUCGCACAGUUUUGCAAACUCUAGAAUGAAUGGAUAAGUAAGCACUCACCUGUGAACUACUACUAGUUACUAAAGAAUAAUAAUGUACACACUAACGACCCAACUAACCGAUGUAUCUGAGCUGUAAGACAAUCCUUAAAUAUGAAACCUACUUGACUCGUUGGCCCCUUAACUAAUAAAUGCCUACAUUUUUCGAAAUACCUAAGAGACAGAGAGAGAGAAGAAGUGAGAAGGCAACCUUAUCGUGGUCACCUACAAAGAAGGAACUGACCCAGAGACUACUCGUUUGUCUUCGUACCCGAUGCCGAUCAUCCAUCCAUCCUAGCUUUCGUUUCGGAUGUUGCUGUGAUAAUCUGUAUCUAUAUCGUGGUAGUUAUGACGAUUUCCGUUAUCUCCAGAUGUUGACCGUAAAGCCACGCCAAUCAACAGGGCGCUUCUUUGCUAAUGUUUCAAUAGUUUAAAUUCAGUUGUUACGACAUAUCACCGUUUAUUGAUGCUGAUUGAUGGCAGGGGAAGAAACAGGAAGCAAAGCUUUGAAGGUAAAGGAGUGCGUGGUUAUAUAAAUAAGACACGAGAAGUUGGAGCAGAAUCUAAUUGCAAAAAGGCAAAUAUAUGUCUAGGUAUGUGAAACAACAGAUCGAUGUUACUUUAUCGCGAAGUGUAUCGUAAAUUGAUGGAUGAAUAUUUACACAGAGGGAAAAAAAUGGAACGAACUAACAGUGAGCUAGAUCAAAUACUUAGAAGAAAGAACCGUAACACCGUAGCGUUUAAAAUGCACAGAUCACACAACGUUUAUGGGAAAGAGAUAUUUUUGUAGCAUCGCUUAUUGAGGAAUACAAACAAAUUUAAUAAUUAUUUUGUGCCGCAUGCCUGUACCAUGCUUUCAAUUGUAAACCGUCAGUCGGUGGAACGGAACGUUAACAGAUGCGCAAACAUAUUCACCUUCUCGUGCCACAGACACACACCAGCUGUUCGCGUAAGCUUUAUCCCGAAACAGACGCCAACCCACUACCUUCACACUACCUUCCAUUGGCGUUUGUUGCAGUGAGACCUACUAUGUACCAUCUGACAAUCCUAAACCACAUACAAGAAUCUACAAUAGAAGCGGUUCAGCAACAGAAACUACCCCUAUACUACGUACAGUACGCAGCAAGAGAUUGAUUCUUCAUUGCAACGUUCUUUAAUGAUUAGCCAAAGAUUUUGCAACGUGUGUAAAGCACAUUGGAGAGAUGCAACAGAUUGACUAUGAAUUAUAACAUAAACAGAGAAAAAAACAUAUUCUUGAUAGCAUACAUGAUAAGAAAUAGCAACAACAACAACAAAACAGAGGUGUUUAAACAUAUGUUUUACAAUAGCUGUUAGCGGGCAGAAAUAGUAAAAACCACAUUCAUAUACAUACAACCAAACCCCAAUGACCGUCAAUGUGAAGCCCGAGGGAAGAUUGAACUGGUAGACAAAAAAAGAUCGAGAACAUUUUUGUAACAGCAUUAAACUCGGUUUGAUUUGAUUCGCUGAAUGUGUUGUCGCUAUAUCAGCCAAUUUUCAGCCAUUUUUGUAAAACAUAACAAAAAACACUCUAUUUUUAUACAUCUUUUACACACAUUUAUGCAACAUUCGAACGCACAAGCAUUUUUCACAGUUUCGACAUGGACAGUUUUUACUCAUAGAUACAUAAAUAGGUCCUACGUAAUUCAAUUCAUAUCGAAAGUGUUUCGCAAGCACAAUAUUAACACAUUGUCCUGUAUUGUUCCUGAGCGCACAGUUCAAGUGCCGUGUGCAUCGAUUGGCUGAGGUCUUACAAUUUUGAUUUAACCUUUUCCUUAUAAGCGCCGGAUUUGGACGAGCGGCAUGAAUGUAGUAGAUAAACAUUCUUCUCAAAACUAAAACCGGCAGUGGCAAUGAAUUCGGCAAAUGCAAACGCAAUGCUCUACAAAUGCAUAUUAACAAACUAUCUUGAUGUAAAUGAACUGAUUAUCACAUCGGAGAACAAGCAUGUUAACUAAAACCAAAACCAACCCAAAAUAUCGAAGAUUUGUACUUACCCUGAUCCAAAUGAUAAAAUUAAUAAACAACCAAAGCGUGA